UACAUUUUUUUGACAUUACCGGUUCCGCACAAAAAAUUUAAAUAAAUUAAAAUAGAAUCAUAAGAUAAAUAAUGAUUUCGUUUGUGGCAUUAUAUCAAGAAACGGUGCCUGAUUUAGUGCAAACUCUAAAGGAAGUUAGGGGUUUUUCAUACGAUGGUUUAGCUGUACCAUUAGUUAAUCCAUUAUUUCCUAGGGAAUUUUUAUAUGAACCUCUGAAAUCAAACCAAAUAGUGUUUUCCAGAUCAGAUUUACUAUUUUCUCCAGAAGAUUGGUUAUCAUAUUUCAUAUCAGUGCUUAAUAGUAACAUUGAUUGUGAUUCAAAAAAUGAAAAUGUUAGGCGUCAAAGUGAAGCAAAAUUAAAACAAGAAAUUGCUUUCUCUGAACAUGUUAUUCAGUCUGGGCACACAAUGAUAAAACUAAAAUCAAGCGAUUGCACAAAUUUAGCGCGAAUCGUAAGCACCAAUGUUAAAGGAACAAUUCUAAUACACAUUCCAAUGAUCUCUAAAGAUUUAUCAAAACAAACUUUCCGUCGAGAUAUAGAUGAAGAUGACUUAACACAAGGUGAAGAUACUUGGAAUAUGUGGAAUAAAUUUAGAAUGGUAGCAGAUUUUCAUCCUAGAAUAAAAUUAGCUCUUGAAUUGUGUGAUGACAUUCCUAGUCAGAAUGAGGUAUGGAGAUGGUUAGGUGAACCGGUGGAAUGCAUUGUUAUACCUCACACUUUAUUUAGAAAAAAUAAGGACGGCAAUCCAGUACUAUCAUCCGCACAUUUAAAUUUAAUCAAAGAUUUUCUGCAAAAUAAUAUCCAUUUUAUAAUAACUGGUAAUAUUGACGAUCAUGGAACCAAACUGUACGCUGAAUAUAUAAAAAAAUUUGUUCUUUCGAAUCAAAUCACUGAUCAAAUGAAAGGCUUGGAUGAUGUACUUGAGAUUCCCCUCCAACCACUAUUUGAUAACUUAGAUUGCUACACAUACGAAGUUUUUGAAAGGGAUCCCGUUAAAUAUAAAUACUACCAGAAUGCUAUAGAGGCUGCGCUAAUAGAUAAGGUUCCAGAUAAUGAAAUUAACAAAAAGACGAUAAUUGUAAUGGUAGUUGGGGCUGGAAGGGGUCCCUUAGUGAGAGCUGCUAUUAACGCAUCUAUUAAUUCCAAGAGAAAAAUAAAAAUUUUUAUUGUGGAAAAAAACCCAAAUGUAAUAGUGACUCUAAAGGCACUAGUGGAGGAAAUCUGGCCAAGUGGAGACAUUGAAUUAUUCCAUAAUGAUAUGAGGGACUUACAAUUACCCCAAAAAGCAGAUAUUCUUGUUUCAGAAUUAUUAGGUUCUUUUGGCGAUAAUGAAUUAUCACCGGAAUGCUUAGAUGGUGCACAAAAGCAUUUAAAAAAAGAUGGAAUUAGUAUACCAUGCAAAUACACAUCGUAUCUUAAUCCAAUAAUGUCCUCUAAAAUUUAUAAUAAUAUCCGGUCUAUAUUGUUAGAGAAAUUUUCUGCAUUUAAAGAUAAAUACCCUACAACAGGAAAUAAUUUUGAAUCUACAUUUGUAGUAUAUUUGAAAAAUGUAUUUCACAUAGAUGAACCCAGAUCGCUUUUUGAAUUUAAACAUCCAAAUAGAAGAAAAACUACGGAAAAUUCAAGGUAUAAAGCAUUGAAAUUUAAUGUAUGGAAUGAUUGUGUUCUACAUGGAUUUGCCGGAUAUUUUGAUACAGUGCUAUAUAAAGAUAUCAAAUUGAGCAUACAUCCAAAAGAUCAUACUCAAGGUUUAUUGUCUUGGUUUCCCUGUUUCUUCCCUCUCACGGAACCUCAAUUGUGUUCAGCAGGCGACACGAUUGAAGUGGAAUUCCGAAGAUGUGUCUCAUCAUUUAAAGUUUGGUACGAGUGGAAUACAAUUUCUCCGAAAGUUUCUAUAGUUCAUAAUCGAAAUGGAAUUGUUUGCCCUAUUUAUAAAUAAAUACUUUCUAAUACAACAUUUAUUUAAAAGGAGCCGAUUGAAUUCUCUUAAAUUUAUCAACUUUUGGCUGAAAAUUAUAUUUUAUUUUUAAAAAUAAAUUUUUAUUUAAAACUUA